GCAAGUCUCCCGGGCUGCUGCUUGAACGGAAGGAUUUUGCACAGCGAAAAGACGCUACUGAUGCCUUCUCUACCACGUCCUUCGUAUGGUGAAGAGAAAAGAGCCACUAUGCAUCCUAUUCAGGGUCAGGUGUCCUUUGAAGAGGUGGCUGUGUAUUUCUCCCAGGGGGAGUGGGCCCUGCUGAGCCCAGCCCAGAGAGCUCUGUACAAGGAAGUCAUGCUGGAGAAUUUUGGGAACGUGGCCUCUCUGGGAUCGCAGAUUGCCAAACCUGACCUCAUAUGCCGGCUGGAAGAGGAGGAAGAGCUGCUUUCCCUGACCUCUGAUGAAGAGGAGGGAUUGGCAGGCAGCAGCUGUGGUCUAUCAUGGGAUGGUGUGGGGGCUGCAGUUCCUUCUGAAGGUUUGCAGAUUGCCAAACCUGACCUCGUAUGCUGGCUGGAAGGGGAGGAAGAGCUGCUUCCCCUGACCUCUGAUGAAGAAGAGAGAUUGGCUGGAAGCUGCUCAGGUCUAUCAUGGGACUGUGUGGGGCCUGCAGCUCCUUCCAAAGGAGGAGUGUGGGAGACGGCAAAUGAGACGAAAGAGCUUCCAGUGAUGGAGAAUGAGUACACAGAUCCCCAUCAGGAAGAAAACAUUGAACAAUCUGCUAAACAGAGGAAAGAGGGGGGAAUAAACCCGCCCAAACAGAGGAAUAAUUCUAAUCUUUUAGGGGAUAAGGAUUCUCAGGAGCAAAAAAUAUUUGAAGACAAUGGGAAUGAGCACACUGCAAGAGGAGAAGAGAUUCCUGAAAAAUCAGAUAUUAUUAUUCAAUGGAACACCUACAAUGAUAACAAAAUAUAUAAACAUCUAGAGUGUGGGGAAAUGUUUGGUCACAAGGGAAGCCUGAUUUCUCAUCAAAGAAUUCAGACAGAGAAACCACACAAGUGCUUGGAAUGUGGAAAAAGCUUCAGUCGGCGUGGAAACCUUAAUUCCCACCAAAAAAAACACACAGAAGAGAAAGCAUAUAAAUGUUUAGUGUGUUGGAAAAGCUUCAGUUGCAGUCGAGACCUUACUGUCCAUCAAAGGUUUCACACAGGGGAGAAACCAUAUAAAUGCCUAGUGUGUGGGAAAAGCUUCCGUCACAAUGGAAACUUUCAUUCCCAUCAAAGAACACACACAGGAGAGAAAAGAUAUAAAUGCCUUGAAUGUGGAAAAAGUUUCAGUCGAGGUACAUCCCUUAGUUCCCAUCAAAGAAUUCACUCAGGGGAGAAACCAUAUAAAUGUCUUGUGUGUGGUAAAAGUUUCCGUCAGAGUGCAAACCUUAAAUCCCACCAAAGCAUUCACACAGGAGAGAAAAAAUUUAAAUGCCUGAUGUGUGGGAAAAGCUUCAGAAAGAGUGGAAACCUUAAUUCUCACCAACGAACUCACACAGGAGAGAAAAAGUAUAAAUGCCUUACGUGUGGCAAAAGCUUCAGUGAGAGUGGAGCUCUUACUGUCCAUCAAAGAUUUCACACAGGAGAGAAACCAUAUAAAUGCCUAGUGUGUGGAAAAGGCUUCAGUCAGAGUGGAAACCUUCAUGCACAUCAACAAACACUCACAGGGGAGAAAAAGAUUAAAUGCCUAGAGUGUGGGAAAAGCUUCAGACACAAUGGAGAUCUUACUGUCCAUCAGAGAUUUCACACAGGGGAGAAACCAUAUAAAUGCCUAGUGUGUGGAAAAUGUUUCCGUCAGAGUGGAAACUUUCAUACUCAUCAACGAACACACACAGGAGAGAAAAAGUAUAAAUGCUUGGAGUGUGGAAAAAGCUUUGUUCAGAGUGGAUCUCUUACUAUCCAUCAAAGAAUUCACAGCGGGGAGAAACCAUAUAGAUGCCUGGAAUGUGGAAAAAGCUUCAGUCAAAGUGGAGUUCUUACUGUCCAUCAAAGAAUUCACACAGGGGAGAAACCAUAUCAAUGUCUGGAUUGUGGAAAAAGCUUCGGUGACCGGGGACAACUCAAGUCCCAUCAAAGAAUUCACACAGGGGAGAAACCUUAUAAAUGCCUGGAGUGUGGGAAAGGGUUUAAAGAAAAUGGAAAACUUACUAUCCAUCAAAGAAUCCACACAGGGGAGAAACCAUAUCAAUGUUUGGAAUGUGGGAAGAGAUUCACUCACAGUGGAGCUCUUACUCUCCAUCAGAGAUUUCACACAGGGGAGAAACCUUUUAGAUGCCUGGAGUGUGGGAAAAGAUUCAGGCAGAGUGGAGAUCUUACCAUCCAUCAAAGAGUUCACACAGGGGAGAAACCGUAUGAAUGCCCAGAAUGUGGUCAUAGCUUCAGGCAGAUUGGAAACCUUAAGUCCCAUCAAAGAAUUCACAAAGAUAAGAAAGCAUAGAAAUGCUCCUAUUGGCAGAGAGAAAACACUUGCCACUCUGUGAGGACCAGGAUUCAUAGGGAGUACAUCGGCAUCCCUGAGAACACUCGCCAGAAUUCCCCCUGAUCUCCCACUCAUACAGAUCACUUCCCCUGGAAGAGAGAGCAGCUUUAGAGACUGGACUCUAUGGCAUCACAUGUGGCGUUUCUUCUACUCCUAAGGAUCUCUGCUUUGAUGGCCACCCGUGGAGAGGCCAGAGCCUGGCCAGAGAUGGGCAGCUGAUGUUCUGCCCCUGUAACCCUCAGAGGGGAGGAUGGGAUGGCUCAGCUGACAGCUGCACCAGACUGCCCUCAUUUUGUGUGACAUGCCCCUUCACAGACUCUGCAUGGCACACUCAAAGAACUGUCAGUGCCCUUCCACCCCAAGCCUCCCUUCCUCAUACCUGCCCCACCAAGCUGCAAGGCUUUCCAGAUGCCAGCACUGCUAUGGGGAGCAUCCGUCCAGAGACCUGCCCCCCUUUCACAACUGCCUUUCAGUUCCCCCUUAGGACCAGCCCUCUCCCCAUAUGUCCUGCUACCCUCCAUUUUAUCCCCACAACAACACUUCGUGAGGUAUAUGAGACUGAGUGGCUGUGGCUGGCCUAGCAAGCAAACUUCCAUGGCAGAUUGAGGAAUCAGCCUGGGUCUGAUCCCAUUCUGGCAUUCUAACCACUAUCCCGGACAGGGUCUGGCAGAGGAGUAGUUAAUUCCCCUCUGUUUUUUCCCCAGAGGGGGUACUUUCCGUUCUCGCUGUCUGCACUACCUUUGCACCUGCCUACCUUCAACUCAGUAAACCUUUGCUUCCAUUGCAAAUAGCAGAGGGGUGUUCUGGAGCUAAUCUGGGCCAGGAUGGUGGUCCAAUUCCCUUCAAUUUUGGCUGUUCAUCUUUCUGGUGAGUCCAUUUUGAGGCUGCUAGGUUUAUUUCCUGAUGAGAUAUGCUUGCCCCGGAAGGACAGCUGCCUCCUUUGAUUAUUCUUAUACACAUGUUUCAUGCCCUAUUUUACAGUGUAAUCCAUGUUGUAAAUGUUUUACAGUGUAAUCCAUGUUGUAAAUGGCAUAGGGGUUUUCUGGUGAUAACACGGGCCAAGAUGUUCUAAUUUCUUCCAUCUUUGGUACAUCAACUCACUCGAUCAUCCUGAAGCUGGUGGAUAAUUUUCAAAUGCUUGCCACAAACAAAAAACCUUCCAUUCCAUUUUAAGUAUAUAUGCGCCAAAUGGAGCUAAAGAUGAUUUUUAUAAGGAACUAAUUCAGAAAAUGGAUAAGUAUGCCUAUGACCAAAUUAUAAUGACUGGGGAUUUUAAUGGGGUGGCUAAUUUGCAAUUAGACAGGAAAUCUUUGAGGGGGCCAUCAAGCCAGGGAAAUAUUUAGCCUGGCAAUUGAAAAAGAAAAGGAAAAAAAGUUAUAGGGAAGAUAAUAGAAGAAGGAACAGAAAUUAUGGACCAUCAAGGGAUAAAAAGAGCUUUUUACAAAUAUUAUGCAAAAUUAUUUCAAAAGAAAAUGAUAUAUUUAGACAAAAUAGAAGCAUAUUUGGAAAGAGCAAAAAUACCAAAGAUUUCAAUGACAAUGAAAGAGAUUUUGAAUGUUCCAGUAACAGAAGGAGAAAUUUUAGAUGCUAUAGAAUCAACUAAAAUAGGGAAAGCACCGGGUCCAGACGGAAUUACAGCAACAUUUUAUAAAGUAAUGAAAAAAGACUUGGUGCAGCCUCUACAAAAGUUGAUGAAUGAAAUUAUUAAGAAGAAAAAUCUCCCGAAGACUUAGAAUGAAGCAAAUAUUUCACUGAUCCCAAAAGAGUCACAAGAUUUACUAAAUGUUAAAAGUUAUAGGCCGAUUUCUUUAUUAAACAAUGAUUACAAAAUGUUUGCAAGACUUAUAGCAGAAAGGCUUAAGAAAUUUUUGAUAGAAUUCGUAGGGCCAGAUUUUUACCGAAUAGACAAAUUAGGGAUAAUCUGAGAGUGUUGUUGGAUGCCACUGAAUACUAUGAUAAGCAUCCAGAAAAGGAAGUAGGCCUGUUUUUUGCGGAUGCUGAGAAAGCCUUUGAUAAUUUGAAUUGGGAUUUUAUGUUGUUGAUGAUGGAAAAGAUGGAUAUGGGGCAAGAUUUCAUUAAUGCAGUGAAAGCUAUAUAUUUUGAACAAAAUGUGUCAUUAGUGGUAAACGGUGAUUUGACAGAAAAAUUUGAGGUAAGAAAAGGUACAAGACAAAGAUGUCCACUUUCACCGUUACUAUUUGUUAUGGUGUUGGAAAUACUUUUGAGGCAAAUAAGAGAUGAUGACAAUAUCAAAGGUAUAAAACUCAAAGGGUUUUCUUAUAAGUUCAGAGCAUUUGCAGAUGAUGUAAUGUUUAUAGUAGAAGAUCUAACCCAAAUUACCAAUAUUUUUUAGAUAAAAUUAAAGAGUUCGGAGAUCUGGCAGGAUUUUUUAUUAAUAGAUCAAAGUCAAAACUGCUCUGCAAAAAUAUGACAAAAAAGAAACAAGAACAAUUAAUGAAUGAUUCAAAGUGUGAAGUGGUUCAGAAAACAAAAUACCUGGGGAUAGAAGUAUCAGCUAAGAAUAUAGACCUAUUUAAAAAUAAUUAUGGAAAACUGUGGUCGCAGAUAGAGAGAGAUCUGUUGAAAUGGAACAAACUGAAUCUGUCAUUGUUUGGACGUAUCUCAGUUGUUAAAAUGAAUGUAUUACCGAGACUGAUGUCUCUGUUGCAAACUAUUCCAAUCGUUAAAGAAAUGAAGCAUUUUGAUAAAUGUCAAAGAAGAAUCUUAGAUUUUAUCUGGGCUGGGAGAAAACCGAGAAUCAAGAUGAAGAUACUGUGUGACGUAAAAGAAGAGGGAGGCUUGCAAUUACCAAAUUUGAGAUUGUAUUAUGAAGCAAUUUGCUUGGUCUGGCUGAAAGAAUGGGUGAAAUUAUCUAAUCUAAAAUUACUAGCUUUGGAAGGGUUCAAUAACUUGUUUGGUUGGCAUGCGUAUUUAUGGUAUGAGAAAUAUAAAAUGGAUGGUAUGUUUCAGCAUCAUUUUGUGAGAAGGAAUAUCUUCAUGGUUGUUGUGGGUUUUCCGGGCUGUAUUCCGGGCUGUGCUACACCUCUGAAGAUGCCAGCCACAGCUGCUGGCGAAACGUCAGGAACUACAAUGCCAAGACCACGGCAAUACAGCCCGGAAAACCCACAACAAUCAUCGUUCUCCAGCCGUGAAAGCCUUCGACAAUAUCUUCAUGAUUUGGCAAAAAUAUAAGAAGUUUCUGGGUGAAAAAAGACCUAUGUGGAUUGUGCCAGCGGAAGUGGUGAACCCAAAUAUGUAUUAUAGAGAGGAAGAUUGGUUAACCUAUAAGGAAUUAUUGAGUGGAGAAAAAGACACCCUCAAGAUAAAAGGUAAGGAUGAGUUACCAUUUGAGUAUGGUUGGUUACAAUAUAGGCAGAUUAAGGAUAUAUUUGAAACUGACCAAAGAAUGUAGGUUUUAGAAUAAAAAAUACAGAACUAGAAGAGAUUUUGUUUGGUGAAGAAGUGAAAAUGAUUUCUAAAAUAUAUAAAAUUUUGCUGACAUGGUAUACACAGGAUGAGGUUGUUAAAAUACAGAUGGUGAAAUGGGCAAUAAAUUUUAACAAAGAGUGCCAAUGGAAAGCUGGGAAUUUCUAUGGAAGAAUACUUUGAAGAUAUCCACAUGUAACAAUUUGAAAGAGAAUGGAUAUAAGAUGAUUUAUAGAUGGUAUCUAAAUUAGCAAAUGCAAAUAGUGCAAUGUCAAAUAAAUGUUGGAAAUGUAAAAAACAUGAGGGCUCCUUUUACCAUAUGUGGUGGACCUGUGAAAAGGCCAAAAUGUUUUGGUCUAAGAUUUAUGGAGAAAUUCUGUUAAUUAUGAAAUGUAAUUUGUUAAAGAGCCCAGAAAUGCUGUUGCUAGGAUUGAAUAUGCAAGAAGUUAACAUGAGGGACAGAACUCUGUUAUAUUAUAUGACUGUUGCAGCAAGAAUGUUGUAUGCGCAAUACUGGAAACAAGAAGACAUACCAGAAGUUGAGGAAUGGAUCCAAAAGCUGUUGCAUAUGGCGGAAAUGGACAAAUGGACAAGGAAAUUGAGGGAGCAGAAUCUGAACGAAUUUUUAACUGACUGGAAGAAGCUUAAGGACUAUGUGGAAAAUAAAUGGGAUGUGAGAGGACAACUGAGGGCUUCAGAUAGUUAUUAAAUAAUAUGAGCCAUGACAAUAAACUUUACCUUAGAUAAUAGGGACUAUAUAGUAAUUAGAGAUAACGAUAAGAAAUUAAGGGUUAUAGUGCUGUUGGAAGUCAAAAAGGGAAAAGGGAGAGGGGGAAGGGAUGGGGGCAUAUACUGUAAUUAUAAGGGUAAAUCAGUAUGUAUUGUGUAUUAUGUAAUAUGUUAACCUAUUCAAUAAAAUUUCUAAUAAAACAAACCCCUUCAAUUCCACUGGGGAGAGGUAGUUUUGAAUUUCCUGAUAUGCAGGAGACUGGACUAGAACUAGAUGACCCUGGACAUCCCUUCCAACACUGUGAUUCUAGGAAUUGUGUUUGUGUGUGUGUGUGUGUGUGUGUGUUCUUGAAGUAACCUGGGAUAGGAUGUUCCGAUUCCUUUCAUGAUUGACACUGCAACUUCUACAAUCAUCCCAUUUCAAGGCUUAUAGCUUUAUGUGACUGAGUUAUGCCUGCCACAGAGCCUUUUAUUACUAUAGAUAACAGUGUUAUCAUUAAUAACGAGAAAAAGAAAUCAAUUUAAAUAUCCGCUUUUGUAUUUAUACA